CAGGGAAUGAAAACUGCUGGUUUGUUUACUGGUGAGCUUGUAAAGGACUUCACAGGCCACUCUUAUAUUUUACAAAUCAAUUUCUUUAUUGAAUACGACUAAAACUGAACAUUCACUUUGGGAAAAUAGAGUUUCAAUGAUGUGUGGCUCGAACUCCAGGACAACAGCAUGCAAAUCACAGUUUGAUGGAUCACAAAAAUACAGCCGACUUGUUUUGGAACAUGACAGCAUGUGCUCAGUCAUAGCAGCUCUUCGACAGGCUGACACACACUGUAGUGCUAAUAGAGGAGCGUUACUGGAAUGUUCCAAGACAGCAUAUAAAAGCCUCAUUGGGAGAGAAGCACAGAAGAACUCAACCAGCUCAAAACAGCACCGAAAAUCCACCAAAAAUGCUUUGCCCAAGCACAUUUCAGCCUCACCUCAGCCCAUUCAUGGACUUCCACUGGCCAGUGCGCAGUCUGUGGCCGGAGACCAGACCUCUGUUCUUUCAGAUCGAGAAAGAAAUGAUGAGACACUUGCAGGAGAUGAGACACAACCUGGAGUUCAUGGAACGCCUGCACCAAAGGAUUUUCGACGAGAUUGACCACGUUUCACCCAUGACGACUUUCAAACCCAUCUCAUUCCAGCUCAGAAAAGAAGGAAGCCUCUAUGCACUGACACUAGAUACAAAGGAUUUCAAUCCAGAGGAGCUGUCCAUUAAACAAGUGGGCAGGAAGUUGCGGGUGAGCGGCAAGACAGAGAAGAAGCAAGACGAUGGGAAAGGGUCGUUCUCGUACAGAUGCCAAGAAUUCAGGCAGGAGUUUGACCUUCCUCAAGGUGUGAAUCCUGAGAUGGUGACCUGCUCUUUAAAUAAUGGACAGCUACAGAUAGAAGCACCCAAAGAAGCCAAUGCUGUGAGCAACGAGAGAGUGAUUCCCAUUACAUACACUCCUGCUGUGAAAAGUCCUGUUCCUCAGAGCCCUCAACCUGAGAGCCAAGGAGCUGAGGCAGAGGCUACAGAUAAUUGAGCUUUGCCUCUAUAUAUCGCACAAUGGAACAAAAUGACAUUCAUUUACAGCUUGAACUUACAAAAUUGUAAAAGUAGGGUGACCAUACGUGCCAUUUUCCCAGGACGCGUCCU